AUGCUGUUGUUCUCUAGUCCAUUGUGCAUCUGUAAACGAUCCGGUGCAGCUGACAUGAUACCAGAAGAAAAAAAAUCCGGAACCCAGAACCAUGGAUUAACACAACAACAGUUGACGAAGCAAGAUCAGGAUGAGCAGCCCCGCCAGCAACAGACUGAGCAUCCCCCUCCCAUAUUUACACAGCAGCAGUUGGUGGACCAGGAGGAAGAGCUUUUAAGGAACAGAGAGGCAGAAUGGAGAACGAAUGAACAGGCUCGUCAGCAACAGACUAACCCCCGAGUUACACAGCAGCAGUUGGUGGACCAGGAGGAAGAGCUUUUAAGGAACAGAGAGGCAGAAUGGAGAACGAAUGAACAGGCUCGUCAGCAACAGACUAAACCUCGAGUUACACAGCAGCAGUUGGUGGACCAGGAGGAAGAGCUUUUAAGGAACAGAGAGGCAGAAUGGAGAACGAAUGAACAGGCUCGUCAGCAACAGACUAAACCUCGAGUUACACAGCAGCAGUUGGUGGACCAGGAGGAAGAGCUUUUAAGGAACAGAGAGGCAGAAUGGAGAACGAAUGAACAGGCUCGUCAGCAACAGACUAAACCUCGAGUUACACAGCAGCAGUUGGUGGACCAGGAGGAAGAGCUUUUAAGGAACAGAGAGGCAGAAUGGAGAACGAAUGAACAGGCUCGUCAGCAACAGACUAAACCUCGAGUUACACAACAGCAGUUGGUGGACCAGGAGGAAGAGCUUUUAAGGAACAGAGAGGCAGAAUGGAGAACGAAUGAACAGGCUCGUCAGCAACAGACUAACCCCCGAGUUACACAGCAGCAGUUGGUGGACCAGGAGGAAGAGCUUUUAAGGAACAGAGAGGCAGAAUGGAGAACGAAUGAACAGGCUCGUCAGCAACAGACUAAACCUCGAGUUACACAACAGCAGUUGGUGGACCAGGAGGAAGAGCUUUUAAGGAACAGAGAGGCAGAAUGGAGAACGAAUGAACAGGCUCGUCAGCAACAGACUAAACCUCGAGUUACACAGCAGCAGUUGGUGGACCAGGAGGAAGAGCUUUUAAGGAACAGAGAGGCAGAAUGGAGAACGAAUGAACAGGCUCGUCAGCAACAGACUAAACCUCGAGUUACACAGCAGCAGUUGGUGGACCAGGAGGAAGAGCUUUUAAGGAACAGAGAGGCAGAAUGGAGAACGAAUGAACAGGCUCGUCAGCAACAGACUAAACCUCGAGUUACACAACAGCAGUUGGUGGACCAGGAGGAAGAGCUUUUAAGGAACAGAGAGGCAGAAUGGAGAACGAAUGAACAGGAUCGUCAGCAACAGACUAACCCCCGAGUUACACAGCAGCAGUUGGUGGACCAGGAGGAAGAGCUUUUAAGGAACAGAGAGGCAGAAUGGAGAACGAAUGAACAGGCUCGUCAGCAACAGACUAAACCCCGAGUUACACAGCAGCAGUUGGUGGACCAGGAGGAAGAGCUUUUAAGGAACAGAGAGGCAGAAUGGAGAACGAAUGAACAGGCUCGUCAGCAACAGACUAAACCCCGAGUUACACAGCAGCAGUUGGUGGACCAGGAGGAAGAGCUUUUAAGGAACAGAGAGGCAGAAUGGAGAACGAAUGAACAGGCUCGUCAGCAACAGACUAAACCCUCGAGUUACACAGCAGCACAGCAGUUGGUGGACCAGGAGGAAGAGCUUUUAAGGAACAGAGAGGCAGAAUGGAGAACGAAUGAACAGGAUCGUCAGCAACAGACUAAACCUCGAGUUACACAGCAGCAGUUGGUGGACCAGGAGGAAGAGCUUUUAAGGAACAGAGAGGCAGAAUGGAGAACGAAUGAACAGGCUCGUCAGCAACAGACUAAACCCCGAGUUACACAGCAGCAGUUGGUGGACCAGGAGGAAGAGCUUUUAAGGAACAGAGAGGCAGAAUGGAGAACGAAUGAACAGGCUCGUCAGCAACAAUUCAAGACCGACACGCCACUUUAUGGAUCUCCGCACUUCCUUAUGUUAAACAUCGAAGAAUAG